GAGCCUUCAAACAUUCAGUCUAUGACCACAACUUCUGAAGCAGCAAAAUUAUUUGCCCCAAUUCUGUACGAUUUCUUUCCCAAGCUCUCUAAAUAGUAUUCUAAACCCUCGAAAACCAUGGCUCUCGAACAUGGAAACCCCGCCGAUCUCCUUCCUGUCCACUGGAAAUCUCAAAUCACAGCCUGGUUUGCAGAAGAUACCCCCUCCUUUGAUUACGGCGGAUUUGUCGUUGGUGAUAGCGAACGGACUGCAACUCUGUAUGGAAAAUCGCGAGGAAUACUAGCAGGUGUGCCAUUUUUCGACGAGGUAUUCGCACAAGCUGGAUGUUCGGUGAAAUGGCAUACGAAGGAAGGAACAUUAGUCGAUCCUGGCGCAUCCGGAAAAGUAGCCGUAGCUACUGUUACUGGACCAGUACGAAAACUUUUACUAGGAGAGAGAGUUGCACUUAAUACAUUGAGUCGUUGUUCUGGGAUUGCCACGAAAUCGAGGGACAUGGAGGUUUUGGUUAGGAAGGCGGGGUACAAGGGAAUUCUUGCUGGAACGAGGAAAACUACUCCAGGCUUCAGGUUGGUGGAGAAAUAUGGAAUGAUUGUUGGAGGGGUUGAUGGGCAUAGACAUGAUUUGUCUAGUAUGACUAUGUUAAAGGAUAAUCACAUUUGGGCUAGAGGUAGUAUUACUGAUGCCGUUAAGGCUGCGAAGGCGGCUGGUGGGUUCGCAUUAAAGAUAGAGGUGGAGGUUGAUAGCGAGGAGGGUGCUGAUGAAGCUAUUGAAGCCGGUGCUGACAUCAUCAUGUUGGAUAACUUUUCGGGAGAUGGAUUGAAGGUUGCUGCGAAGAGCUUGAGGCAAAGGUGGGCUGGGAAGAGGGAGUUUUUACUGGAGUGUAGUGGAGGGCUUACGUCUGAGAAUGUGGAGACUUAUAUCAAUAAUGAUAUAGAUAUCAUCUCCACGAGUGCGAUACAUCAAGGCGUACCUCAUGUCGAUUUCUCUUUGAAAAUUGAUCAUUAGUGAAUAGCAUAAGGAGGAACAUAAAAUAAACUACUUUGCA